CCCAAAGAACCAUGAACUUCUCUUUUGCGUUCAUCCUUAUUGUCUCUUUCUUUCUUCUUAUUCAAUCCCAUCAAAUUUCUGGAAAACAAUCUACUAGUAAUCAAGGUCCUGUUGUUGCACCGGCAUUAUAUGUGUUUGGUGAUUCUUUGGUCGACAGUGGGAACAACAAUUAUCUUCAAACACUAGCAAAAGCCAAUUACCUGCCGUAUGGAGUUGAUUUUCCAAAUGGACCUACUGGGAGAUUCACCAAUGGCAAAACUACUGUCGAUUUUUUCGCCGAAUGGCUUGGAUUGCCAUAUCUACCACCGUACUUAGGUUUAUCGGAAGAGGAGAAAAGCAAAACAAUAACCGGUAUAAAUUAUGCUUCGGGAGCAUCUGGCAUUCUUCCAGAAACAGGAACUUUAAUAGGAGACACCUUGUGCUUGGAAGAACAAGUAAAUUACUUUGAGAGAACAGUAAAAGAUGACCUGCCCAAAUCACUGAAAACCCAAGAAGAAAUUUCAAAACAUUUAUCUAAGUCCAUACUUGUGCUUCAAAUGGGUAGCAAUGACUAUAUCAACAAUUAUCUCCAACCAGCAAAUUACAAUAGCAGCAGAACAUAUAAUCCUCAACAAUUUAGUGACCUAGUGAUAUCAACUCUCAAGAAUCAGCUAGUCGGAUUAUACAAUUUAGGGGCAAGGAAAUUUGUAGUUUUUGAGUUAGGUCCUAUUGGGUGUGCACCAGGAAUAGUUGGUAGGGAAACUCCAAAACCAAUCACCCCAUGUCUAGAAAGUGUUAAUAAUUUGGUUAACAUUUUCAAUUUGGGACUUACAACUAUGACUCAAGAACUUGCAUCAACCUUGCAAGGUUCGAAUUUCAUUCAUGGCCUUGUUUUCAAGAAGAGCUAUGAACAAAACCAAUCUCCCCUCAAAUAUGGAUAUACCGGAGGAAGUACGCCAUGUUGUCCUUCGGGACCAAAUGGACCUGGACCUUGUGUUCCAAAUGGUACACCAUGCGAGGAUAGAAAUGCUCACUUGUACUGGGACGUAGGUCAUCCAGUUCAGAGAGUAAAUUACGAAGUUGCUAAGGAUUGCUUUGAUGGCUCAUCGACUUGCUUCCCUAUUAAUAUUCGCCAAUUAGCUUGUAUUUAAUAGUUUAUUUUGAGUUUAGCAUAGUUAUCAGAAAAAUAUAUUCCAAUUCAUUUUGUGAUUCG